UUUUCUUUCUCGUUUCUUAAUCGCUGGCAUCUUUAAGUGAAUUGUGUCUGUCAGUGGGUAACAGGGAGGAGUCGACAGAAGGGAAGCAACGCCAGUGACUCAUGCCUGCGUGAAGAGACCAAUGGGCUGCACGGAGCCUGAGAUAUAAAUAACGAAUACAAAUAUUCUUGGGGGAGAAAUGUUCACUUGCGCACCGCUGGAUGAGGAUUUUUCCUUGUAGUGCGCUCUGCUGCUCCUCUGCCUGGACUGUUUCUUGUAGCACCCUUGGGUGGGCAAUUUGCAGAAUUUGAGAGUUUUUUUUCCUGCAGCCGACAACCUGUGAGCCGGUGAAUCACUCCCCGGCUGGAGAUUAAAAACAAAAAACAGAAGAAGCCAUGGCCGCGUCUGAACCCAGAGCCACCGGGACCGAGCAGGACCCGAACGCGGCUGAUUUCAGACCUCCGUCCUCAACCAACGAAUACGCGUGGAUGCACGGAUGCACGCGGAAACUGGGGAUGAAGAUUUGCGGAUUCCUGCAGAAGAACAACAGCCUGGAUGAGAAAGGGCGUCUCGCGGGCCAGAAGAACCUGCUCUCGUGCGACAACAGCGACAGGGACACGCGCUUCCGCCACACCGAGACCGACUUCUCCAACCUGUUCGCCAGAGACCUGCUGCCGGCCAAAAAUGGAGAGGAGCCCACCAUCCAGUUUCUGCUGGAGGUGGUCGACAUCCUCACAAACUACGUGAAGAAAACCUUCGACCGCUCCACCAAGGUGCUGGACUUCCACCACCCCCACCAGCUCCUGGAGGGCAUGGAGGGCUUCAACCUGGAGCUGUCCGACCAGCCCGAGUCCCUGGAGCAGAUCCUGGUGGACUGCAGGGACACGCUCAAAUACGGCGUCCGGACAGGCCACCCACGCUUUUUCAACCAGCUGUCUUCUGGACUGGACAUCAUCGGUCUGGCUGGAGAGUGGCUCACCUCCACUGCAAACACCAACAUGUUCACUUAUGAGAUCGCUCCCGUGUUCGUGUUGAUGGAGCAGCUGACUCUGAAGAAGAUGAUAGAGAUGAUUGGCUGGCAGGCCGGAGAGGGAGACGGCAUCUUCUCACCGGGGGGCGCUAUCUCCAACAUGUACAGCGUGAUGAUCGCCCGCUACAAGUAUUUCCCCGAAGUCAAGACCAAGGGCAUGUCUGCAGCUCCCCGUCUGAUCCUUUUCACAUCUGAACACAGCCAUUACUCCUUCAAAAAGGCCGGGGCCGCUCUGGGCUUCGGGACCGACAACGUGAUCCUGCUCAGCACGGAUGAAAGAGGCCGAGUCAUCCCCGCCGACCUGGAGGCCAAAGUCCUCGACGCCAAACAGAAGGGUUACGUGCCGCUGAUGGUCAACGCCACGGCCGGAUCCACCGUCUACGGCGCCUUCGACCCCAUCGGCGAGAUCGCCGACAUCUGUGAGAAGUACAACCUGUGGCUCCACGUGGACGGCGCCUGGGGCGGCGGACUCCUGAUGUCCAGGAAGCACCGCCAUAAGCUCAGCGGCAUCGAGAGGGCCAACUCAGUCACGUGGAACCCUCACAAGAUGAUGGGCGUCCCUCUGCAGUGUUCGGCUAUCCUGGUCAGAGAGAAGGGGAUCCUGGCCGGCUGUAACUCCAUGUGUGCGGGGUACCUGUUCCAACCGGACAAGCAGUACGACGUCACCUACGACACGGGCGACAAGGCCAUCCAGUGCGGCCGGCACGUUGACAUUUUUAAGUUCUGGCUCAUGUGGAAAGCCAAGGGCACCAUCGGCUUUGAGCAGCACAUUGACAAGUGCUUGGACCUCUCUCAGUAUCUGUACAACAAGAUCAAGAACAGGGAGGGCUAUGAGAUGGUGUUCGACGGAGUGCCUCAGCACACCAACGUGUGCUUCUGGUACAUUCCUCCCAGCUUGAGAGGAAUGCCCCACGGCGAUGAGAGGCGGGAAAAACUCCACAGGGUUGCUCCAAAGAUCAAAGCCAUGAUGAUGGAGUCGGGGACCACCAUGGUGGGCUACCAGCCCCAGGGCAAUAAAGUCAACUUCUUCCGCAUGGUCGUGUCCAACUCGGCGGCCACCCAGUCCGACAUCGACUUCCUCAUCGAUGAGAUCGAGAGGCUGGGUCACGACCUGUAGGCCCCCCACGCCAGACCCAACAAACAAAGUCCCGUAAUCUCCCGAAUUUUACUGGCAAAUAACACAGAGGGGAAACAUUCACAGUGCCGCAGGCUGAGAAAAUGGCGGGACGGUCGAUAUCUGAUAUUCAAUCCCUGUCGGCCUCUGAAAGCCUUUGCCUGAAACAUUCUGAGUGUUUCUCUAGAGUGACCUUCUGUAGACAAAAUAUAUAAACCCUGUCUGAAAACUCCAGGAAGAACAAACGUACUCUAAAGUAUGUGCGUGCUGUUAAAUGGCUCCAUGCGUGUGCGUCAGUCUCUGUGUGUGUGUGUGUGCAAUCUAGUAGCUCGUCCGAUGACGUGUUUGUCUUUUAAUGUUUCUGUGUGCCAGAGUGAGCGAGUGUGAAAGUGCUGAGUCGGGGUAAUGGGAAAUGCCACCGAACGGCGCGAAACAUUCAAAGCAUCGGGACGAUCUGCUUUAUCAUACAUUUGCUACUCAUGACGGAAUCACUGGUGCUUUUUAGGUGUACAUACAGCCAGUUUGGAUAGCAGGGGGUGUUGCCCUGAGAGGUUUUCGUGUCCUCUGCCCACAGAGCCACAGUUUGCAAUAAUUUUCCUCCCAGAAGAUUCUUUGUAAGCCUGUCGUUGAUGAUGUGCCCCGAUACCCCGAGCCUGCGACCAACCUUUGACCUUUGAAACGCUGGUUCGUUGUCUGCUCCGUGCAAUCAUGCAAUGCCCAUACCUUAGUAUAAGAUUGAUAGAAUAUUGAUAUUUCAGUAGAUAUGAAUAAAAUAUUUAUUGCAUUUCCAAAUUCAGGUAUUUUACUGUAAAUGUAUCUAUGCGUGUAUUACAUGGUAAUACAUUUGUAAAUGUAAUCAUAAGAACGUUUAUUUAUUGUGAUUUUGUCUGCCAAAGAAAGAGUCGGGAACAGAGCAAUCCAUUGUCUUUUGUGUAAAACCUCUUAUAGAUUAUAGGUGUUUGUAAAAUGUUGCUAUUGAACUUGGAACGCGAUGCAAUUUCUACGGUUUGUUUAUUUCUGUGAUUGUGAGUCUUUUUGACCGAAUGUUUGAAGAUGAUUGAUUGGCCUUCUGGUGAGCUUAAGAAUGAAUCUGUAUAAUCUUCUGGCUGAUGCCGGACUUUUGUUUUAGCAAGAAGCACAAGGAUGUGAGAAUGUACUCUCCUUUGGGGACUGGGAAGAAAGUAACUUAAUCUGUGUGAAUCCUAACUGUAAUAUAGUAUAUUAAUUGUAAUACAUAUUACUCGUAUUCUCAGUGUUACGGGGACCUGGUGGAAUAUCUUGUAGAAAGGUUCCUGUUUGUGUCUUUGCACAGUGUUCACCUUUCUUUCUUCCACUGUAAAUGGAUGUGUAUUUAGAUAUAUUUAUGGUAAAUAGGGACCAUAUGUGAAUGGCACACCUACAUAAAAAUCAUAUUAAAGGUAAUCUAUAUAUUAUGUGUGACCAGUCUGGGUUUUGAUGAGGCUGCUUCAAAGUAGCUGCUUUCUGUAGGCACUUUAAGAGAAAUAUAACAUUGUGGGGGGAAAAAAAUAAAUAAAGUAUAUUAAAGGAAAA